AUGAAAACGGCAGUUAACAUUUACAAAGAUCAUCAUCCAAGUUAUCAAUUUUGCUUGGGUAUAAUUGAGCAAUGUCAGUCAUUAUUUGAUUCAAAAUGUUUCACACAAAUACCUACGACACUCAAUGAAUUGUAUUAUAAACAAGGAGAAUUGAGUAAUUUUAAAAAGUCAGUUGCAAGUGCAUUAGGUGUAGAUACAUACAAGACGAGUUGUCCCAAAUUAAUAAAAGUUCUACAGACAAAUUUAGAUGAUUGUAAAUCAAAUGAAUUUUAUACAUUUAAAAAAUUAACAAAAAUAAAUGAUAUGAGCGAGGCAAUAACGAAAAUUCGUGCGUAUGAUGAUUUUGUUCCGUAUUAUCACAAAUUUAUUGAACAAGUUGCAAAUCAAUUAGAAGUAUCGAAAAUUGAGGAAAUUAUUUCUGCAAUAAAAACGUUAAAAUUAUUGGCUCAUACUCAGAAAUAUGAUGAUACUCAUACAUAUUCAAAUGGAAAUGACGAUCGCUUAUUAGUGUUAACAAAUCCAAAUGACAAAAAUGACAGUGAUAGUAAAAAAUCAGAUAAUUCAAUAGUGGAAAAUAUUAAAAAGAAGUACAGUGGAUUGAUGACGACAACAUCUACUCGAUUACCAAUCUAUCAUACAACAUCAAUGAAUGUUUCUCACUCGCCUUUAUCAUCCUAUAAAACUCGUACGAAUACUAAUUACGAUGAUACGUUGUCGAUUUAUUCCUCAAAAAGAGAGUUAAAACGUCCACUUGGUAGUUCAAAUUCAUUACAAACAAGAAAAGUCAAUACAGAAACAAGAAAAAUUAUUAGAAAUGGAAUAUCAAAUAACAGAGAACAAGAUGAAAAUUCUUAG